CUCCACCCGAAUUUCAAAAAGCAACCAAAGGUCGUGGAGGUGCGCAAUACUUUCCGUAGUCUUUUACCACUUUCAGCACAGUCAAUUUUCUUAGGUCGUUGGAGCCGCAUUUCCUCUCUCUCUUCGUCGGCGAUUCUCUGUCUCUUCCAGGGUGCAACAAGAGUUGAUUGCUGACGUCAUAUCCAAUACAGCGAUCGAAUAUUCUCAAAGAAGUCCAGAUCAUGCGACAACUGGACCAUCCAAAUGUUGUCAAGCUUGUCGAGUUUUCUGAGUCCAAACAAUAUUAUUACAUCGUUCUCGAGCUCUGUCCUGGUGGCGAGCUCUUCCACCAGAUUGUUCGCCUCACAUACUUCAGCGAAGAUCUCAGCCGACACGUCAUCCUUCAAGUUGCAAAAGCGUUGAUAUAUCUCCACGAGGAGGCUGGUGUUGUUCAUAGAGAUAUUAAACCCGAGAACAUCUUGUUUUACCCGAGUCAAUUCAUUCCCACUAGAAAUCCCAAGCCCAAGGGCCCAGAUGAUGAAGACAAGGUUGAUGAAGGAGAAUUCAUUCCCGGAAUUGGAGCAGGAGGCAUUGGUUUAAUCAAAAUUGCCGACUUUGGUCUGUCCAAGGUUGUGUGGGACAAUCAGACGAUGACGCCCUGCGGUACCGUCGGCUACACUGCGCCCGAGAUUGUAAAGGAUGAGCGAUACUCCAAGAGUGUUGACAUGUGGGCGCUUGGAUGCGUGCUCUAUACCUUGCUUUGCGGUUUCCCCCCGUUUUAUGACGAGAGUAUUCAGGUCCUCACGGAGAAGGUUGCCCGAGGUCAAUACACUUUCUUGUCGCCCUGGUGGGAUGAUAUCUCAAAGCCGGCUCAGGAUCUGGUCUCACAUCUUUUGACUGUUGAUCCCGAGAAGCGUUAUACUAUCAAGCAGUUUUUGAACCACCCUUGGAUUCGCCAAGCCAACGAAGAGACCUUUGCCGCCGCCGAUGCACCUCCCUUGGCUACUCCGCUCCACAAGCGCCAGGGCGUCGAUCUUGGCUUGACGCCCGAAAUUGUUGACCAAGCGCCACACCAGCCUCUGUCUGCUCGGAUUGGCGAGACACCUGGAGCUGAGCGUCGAAUGGACUUUAGAUCGCCUGGCGCUGUCAACCUCCGAGAAGUGUUUGAUGUCAGCUAUGCUGUGCAUCGCCAAGAAGAGGAAGGCAAGCGCAGAAAGAAUUUCAAGCAAGGAUAUCGCGGUGCUAAUGGUAUCAAUGGAUUGAAUUCGCUAAAUGAGGACGACUACGAGGAUGAGGAUGAGGCCUAUGGAUAUGACCCUCAGUCGCAACAUCCGCCUGCAAAGCUUCCUCGCUCCAAGGACGCCGAUGUGCACAAGGUGGAGCAAACACUCCGAAACACCAAUAUUUCUGGAGCCGCAAGACAACAACCUGCUGGCCAACAAAAGGGCUAUGGCCAACAUAGUGCUGCUGUUGCUGCUGCUGCCAGACAACAGGCGAGAAGACGACAGGCUCCAUUUGAGCUGAGUCUAGACAAUGCAACGCUUCUCGGACGGAGAGGCCGGAGAGCUCCUGAAGCUAGCAAAUUGCGUCAGGAGGUUGUUUAAACCCCAAAAGACUACCUUGAGCAUUUGCGUUUCUCAUUCGACGACGUACAUGGACGACUUCAUUUCGCACCGCUUUUAUAUUUCGCGCGGUUCUUUGCGGCUACCUUAGGACCUCCACACGUAGCUCUCUACGAUGAUAGACAUUGUGCAUUAUCUUUGGCGUCUCCUUUUGGCCACUUCAAGGUUG